UAUUUUUCGCGGUAUAAAUUUCAUUCAAACGUUGAUGUGUUUUACCGGACAUUCAUCAAAUUUAAAUCUUUCAAAUAAAUAAAUGAAUAAAUAAUUAAAAAAAAAAUUACAAAAUGGAUAAUUCUGAUGAUUAUUUCAAAAGUUAUGAAAAACUUGAUGUACAUCGAUUAAUGUUAAGUGACAAUCCCCGUAUGACAACUUAUAAAAAUGCUAUUUUAAAUAACAAAGAAUUAUUUUUAAACAAAAUAGUUAUGGACAUCGGAGCUGGUACCGGAAUUUUAUCAAUUUUUUGCGCGCAAGCUGGAGCUGCUAAAGUUUAUUCAGUCGAAGCAAGUAAAUUAUCAAAACUAAUAGAAAAAGUUGUUGAGGAAAAUGACUACAAAAAUGUUGUAAAAGUAAUAGCGCAUAAGCUUGAAGACAUUAAAUCAGAAAUAGAUGAAAAAAUUGAUAUUAUUGUGUCAGAAUGGAUGGGAUUUUAUUUAGUUCACGAAGGAAUGUUGGAUUCUAUUUUGAAAGCUCGUGAUCGUUAUUUAAAACCUAAUGGUAUUUUAUUUCCUUGUAUUGCUAAAUUAUAUGCAGCACCAUGUCAAGUUCCUGAUUUGUUUGAAUUUUGGGACAACGUUUACGGAGUUAAAAUGUCAUGUGUUGGUAAAGCUGUCAGAGAAGAGAAAUUAUCUAAACCGGAAAUAACGCUGGUUGAUUCAAAAAAUAUUUUGGCUGAAGAAAAAAUACUUGCGUGGAUUGAUUUAAAAACAGCGACUUCAGAUGAUUUGAAUAUUAUCGGCGGUCAAGAUUUAGUAUUUCCGUGUACUAAAAGUGGUAAAUUCGAAGGUGUUUGUAUUUGGUUUGACGUUGAAUUUCCCGAUGACUUAAUUUUAUCAACUGGACCGAAUGAUUCUCCUACUCAUUGGAAACAAACGUUGAUUACAUUGCCAGAAAACUCAUUAAUUGAAGAAGGUGAACCUAUUGCAUUUCGUAUCACGUUGAAUCGUAAUAGUAAUGAUAUGCGUAAAUACAAUUUAGAACUUGUCGUUCUAAAUCCUGAUGAAACUGAACACGAUUUACCCUGUAAUUGUCAUUUUACGAAAUGUAUUGUCGCUAAAGAGUAUAUUAAAAAUCACAGCCAAGAAAUUGAUGUAAAUGACUGUUUUUAAUAAAUAUAUUUUUAUUGCUAUUGGCA